AUGCCGCCCUCAGUGUCAGAUUCGAAGGGCAAGAUGGUAGGGUUUGAUUCUCCCGAGCGGGCGAGCGCCUACUUUCUUGAGGUGCUACUCCGAUUGCAGCCAUAUGCCCAGGCCGUCAUGAUCGACCGCAGCUAUGCUCCAGACUGCUCCUACACACAUCCGCUUUUUCAUGUGCCUCCUGUCGACUUGUGUGGCCUCACUCUGCCGCUCACCAACAAGCUUGAUUCCCGGGAGGCCAUCAAACUUCUUUUCCGAACUAAGAGGACCUUGUUCCCUCAAACUGUCUGGAAGACUGAGGGUUCCGGCUUCGACCCCAAGUCAAACAAGGUUUUUGUCCUCAUUCAGCACAAGCUGAAUCUAGCAUUUAUGCCCAAGAUCUUCAACACGCUGCAAUUCAAGGUUGUCACUACUCUACAGCUAAAGCCUAUCUAUAUCAACCUGAGUGACGAAACUCAUGAAAUACCAAGCAGAAGCUCUGGUUAUACCUCCAACAGCCCCAUUGCUGCCGUGGCGCAUCGGCAUCAUGAUGGUGAUGCCAACUCUCAAGAUGGCAUUGGAGACGCCGGCAGAGCGCAGAAUGGAUGGGAGAUGUAUCCUUGUAGCGACAUCCACAAUCAGCAUUCCGGACCCAUAACGUGUGAGGAGCUUCAAGGCAGCGUCGGCGGAGCGACUUCUUCCGCCGAAGUAAAGCAGACCGCAUUCGAUCGUGCCCAUAAUGAGGAUCUUGGAGUCCAUAUUCCCCUACUCAACGGGUUUGAUGGGUCUAGUUCAACGACUGAGAACCGCGCGGGCUUGGGUAAAAGCUGCUGUUGCUCGGCCGAUGCAGUCUGUGGCGGAUCCUGUGCUUCGUGCAAAUGCAACGCCGGCAGUGGCAUGGUCUUGACGACCCGCUGGGUGAUCUGCUCGCAAGAGGAUAUGAUGCAGCCUCGGGACCUUCUCCUGUGCAUGCUCUAUUAUCCAGCCAUUGCGGUGUUCAACUGGUUUCAGGCAGUCGUUUACUUUGCCCAGAGAGUCAAAUCAGUCUUGGUUGUCAGGGAGCAAGCCAAGGUCAAGGCACCAAGGCCAAACAGGUCGGCCUCUGUCUGUGCUCAACCAUACAGUCCAGUAUCGGAAUACCACGCCGGUCCGUCUAGCGCGGCUGCCGAUACAAAGACCAUGGAGACGGCUCUGCUUCCCGAGGAGUAUGAACCUGUGAAGGCGAGAGGUUUGAAGGAGGCCCGGGCAAACAUCAUUGAGUCGAUGGCUAAUACAAGCGCCCAUGUCGACAAUCCCCAGCGCAAAGAUGCUGACAUCUACGACUCGGAAUCCUGCUUCGAGGACGAAGUUUAUGACGAGGUAAUGGAUGCAAGCUACGGCAUGAGGUACAGGAAAGGCAAGCUACUCGCAGAGUUCAACAACUCACUUCAGCGCGCGUCCGGCAAGCCCAAAUCUGUUCGCUUCACUGAUGAGAGUUUCGGAGACGAAACCGGCGACAUCGAUGAUCCCAAGUGCGACGUCGACUGUAAGGAUUAA